AACUGGCGUGCAAACGGCACGACAUAAACUGCAUAUUAAAUUGGCUUUAAUUGUAUUAUUUGUAAAUCUUCUGUAUUUUGUACGGUUACACGACUCAGAAAACAGUGGUAGCUUGUAAAAUGUUUACUUGUAUGGUAUAGUGGAUUGCUUUCUCUGUGGAUAAACGUGCGCCUGAAUUGCUAUUAUUAUUAUAAUGCUAAUAUUACAUGAUCUCAUAAAAGAAAGAAGCGCUAAACAGUGGUUGACCGUGAAGUGAAGUUAUAUGAAAACUGAAGUUUAUAAACUAUUAUUCUUGUAAGUUUGCUCGUUUAACUAAAACGUGCCACGAACAAAACUUUCUGCCACCGAACCCGCUACAUUAACUUUGUCUCUCGAUUCUGUCUUCGAAAACUUGACUCAAAUUUGGUCCGCUUAGAGCUGUUGAUUACGCAUUGAAGUUUGUUGACUUGGUCGUCGGCAAGGCCAACUGGGAUCAUACGGAAUAUGGCAACCGCGAUCGAUUAUCCAAAAGUGCUCUGCUUUGGCGACUCGUUGACGCAGUACUGCUUCAACUUGAAUGAUGGAUGCUGGGGUACCAUCAUUGCGUCUCGUUAUCAACGGCAGGUUGACGUGAUAAAUCGAGGGUUCAGUGGCUACACUUCACGGCAAGCCAUACACAUGUUGCCUCGUAUUCUCUCAGCCUUCAGCAGUUGCCAGACGGUGCUCGGAACACAGACUGAUGGCAAUCCUCGCGCAAAUACAUCAAUCACUGCGCUGCUCGUUUGGUUCGGUGCUAACGACGCCUGCACCCCCGCAAAUGUCGCACACGUUCCUGUAGACGAAUACGGGAACAAUUUGGAUUUGAUCGUCGAUCAGGCCAUAGCUUCUGGACUGCCUGUCUCACGUAUCAUUCUGAUCACCCCGCCCGAGUACGACCACGCUAAAUGGACGGAGCUUAAAGGAACGGAGGGCGUUCCAGCUGAUCAAAUUGGACGAGCCGAGGGUCGCAGUAAGCUGUAUGCUGAAAAAUGUGUCGAAAUAGCAAAAAAGCGAGGCACCCAGGUGGCUGACAUCCACAAAGCAAUGCAGGCCGAGUCGGAUUGGCGUUCAUUAAUGGAGGACGGACUGCACUUCAACGUUCGUGGGGCAAAGUUUGUAGCUGACGUGUUAAUCAAGCAUCUUGACCGGCUUGUAGCAAACCUGCCUAUUAUUUUUCCUUUAUCAGAGAACUCAAAACGGGACAAUCCAAAAGAAGAACUCAUGAAUUGGAUGCCACGUUGCAAUGAAAAACAGACGAAAUGACCGUUUCAACAAGAACCGGCUAAACUUAUUGACUGUUCCUCGAGUUCUUAAGCCAUUUAUUGAUUUGGCUAUUUGACUAGAUAUUAACUUUAGAACAUCUAAAUCUGAGUUUGGUUUCUUUUUUUUGCCUAAACAGCUCGAACUAAUCAUUGCCAUCUUUGUUACAUUUGUUUAUCCUAGAGCGUGCUACGACUUUAAAGUUUCAAAUAAAGGAGAAUUUCUUA